UCUCUGUCUCUCUCUGUCUCUCUGUUUUCUCGCUCCGUGUUUCUCAGAAAAAAAAAUCAAAGAAAAAAUGUCGACCGAUUCUGCCGUCUCUAUUGCAUGGGAUGUCUUGAAGUGGGUAGUUAUUCCCAUCAAGCGUCAAUUCGGAUACGUGAUGUCCUCCAAGAGAUACGCCCGGGAUCUUCAGAAGGAAGUGGGGAAGCUGGAGUCCGAGGAUGAGAGGAUCCAGAAUGCCAUGCGAGUCGCCGGAGACAAUCUUCGGCAUGUCUAUAGUCACGUCAGUGAAUGGCAGAGAAGUGCUGAGAAGGUCUUGAAGGAGUCGGGAGACCUGUUGGGAGACUUCGAAAAGGCGAGCAAGACUUGCUGCUACGGGACUCUUCCUGACCCCAAUUUUCGCUAUCAGUUCAGCAGGAAGGCCAAGGACAAGAUCAAAGUCAUUCAGGACCUCGCUACAAAAGGCUGUCAAUUCAAUGAAUUGAACAUCUCCUCCAGAGCUCCAGCUCCGGGGAUUGUCACUGCUCCGACUAGGGCCAGGAGAGAGGGCAAAGAAGUCGUCCAGUGGACCACUGCCACGGCCUCUGCUUCUUCUGCCUCUACGUCGAUUAGAGACGAUGGUGUCUUCAAAUCCAGAGCUCAGAUGAUAAGGGACAUCAUAGACGCUCUUGCUGAUAACAGCAACCGAGUGGUCGGGGUUUACGGGAUGGGCGGGGUUGGCAAGUCCACCCUUUUGGUGGAUACCGAAAGGAGAAUACGGGAAGAGAAAUCAUUCGAUCUGGUAGCUAAGGCUGACGUGUCAGAAAAUCCAGACGUCAAGAGGAUUCAAGGAGAGAUCGCGCAUUCGUUGGGCCUGGACAUAAAGAACGAAGAGUAUAUCAACGUGCGAGCAGAGCGUCUGCACACAAGGUUGGAAAAGGAGGAGAGGGAGAAAAAGAAGGUGCUCAUAAUACUGGACAACCUCUGGGAGAGGCUGGACUUGGACAAAGUCGGCAUUCCUUGCGGACCUGGCAACAAAGCUAGAGGAUGCAAGUUGUUGUUGACGGCGAGAGAUCAACGUGUUUUGCGAAGGGAAAUGCUCUGUGACAGCGCCUUCCUCCUUGGUGGGCUGGAAAACGUAGAGGCAAAGAGAUUGUUUGAGAAGACGGUGGGAGGCAAAGUUACCGUUGAGUUGGAACCCUUGGUGGAGGAAGCACUCCGCAUAUCUGCAGGUUUGCCUUUCCUAAUUGUCGCGAUAUCAAAGCUUUUUAUAGACACUAGUUACUCUGAAUGUGACUACGCUUUGAAACAAAUCUGGAGCGAAGAUACUGGUAAAGUGAUAACUAAAAGGCUGCAACUUAGUUAUGGUCGUAUAAGCGAGGAGGCCAAGUCAUUGUUACGACUUUGUGUUGCUUAUGGCGUCUCUAAACCAUAUCCCGACUACUUGGCGAGGUACGGCUUCGGUUUGCGGAUAUUUCAAGGAGUUAGCAGCGUGCAAGAAGCUAGAGUUAGGUUGGGCUCACUGAUCCAUACUCUGCAAGCCUCCUCCCUUUUAUUAGACGGUGAAGAAGACGCGGGUGGUUUUAAGAUUCAUGACUUGGUUCGUGAGUUUGUUGCCUCGUUUGCAUCAACAAAUCGCCCUCUUCUCAUUUUGAAAGAUAAAGAUAAGUGGGAAACAACGUUGUCGGAGGAGAGGCUCAAAAUUUGUGAGGCGAUAUGCUUUCCCUACGUCGAUUUGGAGGAGCUUCCCAAAGAAUUAAUCUGUCCGGAAUUGCGUAUCUUUUUGCUGCUUGAAAACGAAAGAUCUCUUGAGAUCUCGGAUUCGUAUUUCAACUCUAUGAAGAAUCUCAUGGCCUUAGAUCUUAGCGGAAUACGUCUCGGUCGUUCGCCUUCGCCGUUUCAAUUCAUGGAGAACUUACACACUUUGUGUGUCGAUGAUUGUUCAGUAGAGGAUGUGUCCGUUCUUGGCAAGCUAAAAGGCCUCCAAAUUCUCAGCCUUCAGCACUCAGACAUUCAGCAAUUGCCGAAACAAAUAGGGCAACUAACGAAGCUGAGGUUGUUAGAUUUGGAUUAUUGUUCAAAACUACAGAUAAUUGAACCGGGUGUCCUUGGAAGGUUGACCAAAUUGGAGGAGUUAUAUAUGAAGAAUAGCUUUGAUCAAUGGAGUGCUGGGGAGCAAACUCCAGCAACUAAUGCCGGUCUUAUUGAAUUGAAUAACAUGAAGAAUCUCCGCACUCUGCAUGUAUCCAUUCGCAAUCCAAGUGCGCUCCCAAGGGAUCUAGAUGUUGAGAAGUUAACCAAGUACAAAAUCCGAAUAGGUGAUGCACGGCGCUGGAGAGACUACGAAGGAUCGAGGAUGUUGGAGCUCAACUUGGAUGGAACAAGCGAUGUUCUUCGAAAAGAAUGCAUUCAAAGUAUCUUAGCCAAAGCUGACGAUUUGUUUUUGUACAAGUUGGACAGAACUGAGAAAAGUAUUUCCGCAUUAUCCUCGAAAGGUUUUCCAAAAUUAAAGCAUCUACAUGUGGGGCAUAGUCCUUCGUUCCGUUACAUCCUCGAAUGGUCUUCCCUUCCUACUUUUGAGGCGUUGGAGACGCUACUUCUCGAUAAUCUCGUCAACUUGGAGAAGAUAUGCACCAAAAAUAUCUCCAUCGGGUCCUUCAGCACAUUAAAAGUAGUACGAGUUGAAGAUUGCAACAAGAUGGAAGUUCUAUUUCCUUGUUCGAUGAUGAGAGAACUUCCACAGCUAGAAGAAAUUGAAGUUGCCCGCUGCAAGUUAAUGCGGGGGAUUGUAGAGGCUGAUGAUGAUCGUGGCAAAUUUGAGUUGCCUAAGUUGCGUGAAUUGAAAUUGGAUGAGUUGCCAAAUAUCGAGAAUUUUAUCACCACCGGGUCGUCUCCUUCAAGGAGUACAUCGGACUACCAAAUUGGCACUCAAAUUGCAUUCUUCAACGGACAACAGGUUGCAUUUCCUAGCUUAGAGACAUUAGACAUCACUGGCAUGGAUAACAUCAAGAUGAUAUGGGACAAUCAAGCUGCUGCGGAUUCUUUCCCUAAGCUAAAAUCGCUUUGUGUGGAUGGAUGCAAUAAGCUGAAGUGUGUAUGGGAUAAGGAACUCCACCAUCAAGUUAAAUUCCAGUGUCUACAUUCUAUUAGCGUUUCCUCCUGCAAGAGCCUCACCUCUCUAUUUCCAGCCUCGAUAGUUAGAGACCUAACGCAACUUGAGGAGCCGGAGAUCCGUGAAUGUGGCAUUGCGGAACUCAUCGAGAAGGAAGAAGGAGUAAGAGUUCCCGGGUUUGAUUUCCCAAAGUUAACCUCCCUCCAACUUGAGCAUCUUACAAAAUUGAAGUGUCUCUACACCGGAACACAUACUUCCCAUUGGCCAGCAUUAAAGACCUUAAGGGUGGAUGGCUGUAACAAAGUAGACAUACUUGCUUCCCAAAUUGAGAAUGAGAUGCCACGUCAUAAACAACCUCUCUUCUUGAUAGAAAAGGGUACAUUCCCUAAUCUCCAAGAGUUCAAAUUGGAUUUAUGCGAACGGAUGGAGAUAUGGCAUGGGGAUUUUGAUGAUGAAGAAUUAUUCUGCAAGCUUAGAGUUCUUGAGCUUUGUCAUCUCUCCAAGGAAUCUGCAACAUCUACAAGUCGUUUUGUUGAGAGUUUAACCAACUUGGAAGAGCUAGUCAUACGUGAAUCUUAUCUGGAACAGCCAAGCAGCAAUGUGGAAGCCAUGGAAGGCCCUAGUCAAGAGCAAAAAGUAAUAUUACCCUUUUCAAGACAAAUUAAACAUUUGAAGGCUCUAAAUGUGUCGGAUUGUGAUGGGUUAUCAAGUAUGUUUACACCGACAAUAGCUGAAAAUUUGGUGGCUCUCACAAAAUUGAGGAUAAGUAAUUGCAGGAUAUUGACAGAAGUUAUUAGUGACAAGGGAAGUAAAGAGGGGCAUGAAGCGGCUUUCCAUCAUUUGAAAUAUAUGGAGCUUGAUGGGUUGAUAGAGUUGAAAUGUUUCAGCUCAGGUGGAUGCGCUUUAAUAUUCCCUCUCUUGGAAGAUGUCAUUGUGAAUGUAUGUCCCAACAUGAAGUUCUUCUCCGAGGGGCCAAUAGAGGCACCAAAGCUGGAUAGAGUAAAAGUAGGUAUGAUGAAAUGGUAUGGACCAAUAGAGUACCAGUAUUUUUGGAAGGAAAACCUCAACAUGACCAUCCAAAAUAUUUUUAAAGAAAUGGCUACGGUUGCUAAGGCUAAGUUUGUGCGUCUAUUUGAGUUCCCCGAGCUCGUUGGAAAGUGGCACAAUGAAUAUAAUCCCGUCAAUUCAUCUUGGCAAUUAGAAACCCUGGUGGUGGAUAAGUGUCCAUCAUUUAUUAAUGCUAUGCCAUCCAAAUUGAUGCUUGUUUUAGAGAAAAUGACGAUCUUGCAAGUGUACGAUUGCGAAUAUUUGGAAGAAAUAUUCGAUCUUCAAGGGCUUGAAGCUGUGGAAAGCACUCGGGUGCUACCUCGCUUAGUGCAUUUGAACUUCUUCAAUCUACCAAAGUUGAGGCAACUAUGGAACAAAGAUCUUCAAGGAACGAUGCGCUUCAAUUCUCUAUCUUCUCUGACUCUUUAUAAAUGCAGCAACCUAAGACAUGCUUUCACUCCAUCGAUGGCUUGGUGCCUUGCCAAUCUAGUAGAUGUGGAAAUAAGGGCGUGUGAUCAUAUGGAAGGAGUGAUCGAAGAUGAAGAAGGGCAAGGAAGCGCAGUGGAGAAGAUUACGUUCCCCAAUCUCUCGACGAUUAAAUUGAAAUGGCUGCCUAAUUUGACUAGUUUCUUAUCGGGAAAGAAUCAUGCAUUGGAAUGUCCCAAAUUAGAAUAUCCGAGGAUUGCCCACUGCCCCAAAAUGAGAAGUUUGACGUGGCAGUCUUCAAUGGAUAUUGACCAUAACACGCCUUCACUUUUCACUCCACGGGUACAAUUUCUUGGGCUCAAGUGGAUGGUUCUCUCUCACAUGGACAAUUUAAGCAAAAUAUGGCCCGACAAUCCUCAAGAAACUCUCACUUUUGACUCUCUACUGGAAGUGAAGGUCAAAAAUUGCGAGAGCCUAGAAAAUCUGUUUCCAUAUUGGGUGGGUACAAGUCUAACCCAACUUGGGAAGCUUCGAGUGGAAUCUUGUAGGAUCGAGGAAAUAGUCACUAAUGGAGACGACACUCGACACUCCAAUGUUGCUCAAGUUCUUUUCCCGAAACUAACGUCUUUGGUGUUACAUGAUAUGACACGACUCAAGACCUUCUGCCCUAACUUGCCCACUUUGAAUUGGCAAUUCUUGAAGGAGUUGCGAGUGACUCACCGUGAUAAACCGAACAUGUUGUCUUUUGCGGCAUCCAUGAGCAAGUGGACUCAGAGAGAUGAUCAACAGGACCUUUCAAACCAAGAAGCGCACUCUUCGUUUGAGAGGGACUUUCCCAACUUAAAUAGACUUUUAUUAGUCGCUAAGGAUAUUCGGAUGAUACGGAAUGGGAAAUUUCCCGAUGACAUCUUUGGGAAGCCAAAAGCACUAACAUUGGCAUGCUUCCAUGAUGAAAAGGCCACCUUUCCUCCCAGUUUCCUACUAGAGAGAUUUCAGAAUAUGAAAAGUCUUGAGAUCUUCCGUAGCUCUUUUGAAGAUAUAUUCCCCGGAGGAGGGAUUGUUGAUGAGGGAAAACGUCCAGUGCUUGAAAGUUUAAGAAAACUUAAGUUGAGCAAGCUACACAAGCUAAAGCGUGUGUGGAGAGAAGACUGUUCAGUGUCCAAAAUUCUUCCGAGCAUCAAAACACUUGAGGUCCGGGAUUGUCCCGAGUUGACGGUACUAUUUCCGGCCGUGACAUCCUUCGGGAAUUUGACGAAGUUGGUGGUGAAGAAUUCCUCUGGAUUGGUACAUCUAGGAACAGCUUCAACGAUAGCAAGUUUGGUGCAUCUUGAGAAUAUGACUAUAGUAGGAUGUGAAAGAAUGAAAGAAGUAGUGGCAGACGAUGAAAAUGAAAAAGGACAAGUGAUUUCUUUUAGGAAGCUAAAAAAGUUGACACUCCAAAAUAUGCCAAGCCUAGAAUGUUUCUCCACCACAAGUUGCAUCUUGGGGUUUCCACUCUCGUUUAGGAUUGAAGUGGAAGAGUGCCCCAAAAUGAAGAUCUUUUCUAAGGGUACGCUAAGCAUUCCAAAGUACUAUAACGGGACACAGUUUGGAUACGAUUGGGAAUGCAGCCGGGAGUGGGAGGGUGAUCUGAAUAGAGCUAUACAGAAGUUGUCAUCAUAA